AUGUAUGAGGAUGCAGCUCUGAGAAGUCGCCUGACAGAGUGUCUGGAGACCAUCCUCAACAAAGCCCAGGAGCCACCCAAGUCCAAGAAGGUCCAGCACUCCAAUGCAAAGAAUGCUGUUCUGUUUGAAGCCAUCGCCCUCAUCAUCCACCAUGACAGUGAGCCCACCCUGUUGGUACGAGCCUGCAACCAGCUUGGCCAGUUUCUGCAGCACAGGGAAACCAAUCUCCGUUAUCUGGCUUUGGAGAGCAUGUGCACGCUGGCCAGCUCUGAGUUUUCUCACGAGGCAGUAAAGACGCACAUAGAUACUGUGAUCAAUGCUCUAAAGACCGAGCGAGAUGUGAGUGUUCGCCAGCGGGCCGUGGAUCUUCUCUAUGCCAUGUGUGACCGCAGCAACUCCAAGCAGAUUGUGGCAGAGAUGCUCAGCUACCUGGAGAACGCCGACUACUCGAUCAGAGAGGAGAUAGUGCUCAAGGUGGCUAUUCUGGCAGAAAAAUAUGCCGUGGACUACACCUGGUACGUGGAUACCAUUCUCAACCUCAUCCGCAUCGCCGGUGACCAUGUCAGCGAGGAGGUGUGGUAUCGCGUCAUCCAGAUCGUCAUAAACCAAGAUGAUGUCCAAGGCUAUGCAGCAAAGACCGUCUUUGAGGCUCUGCAGGCUCCCGCCUGCCAUGAGAACAUGGUUAAGGUCGGGGGUUACAUCCUGGGAGAGUUUGGAAACCUUAUUGCUGGUGACUCACGCUCCAGCCCUCUGGUCCAGUUCAACCUUCUCCACUCCAAGUUCCACCUGUGCUCUGUGCCAACUCGGGCACUGUUGCUGUCGGCCUACAUCAAGUUCAUUAACUUGUUUCCAGAAGUGAAGGCUACGAUCCAAGAAGUGCUGCGCUCAGACAGCCAGCUCCGCAACGCUGACGUGGAGCUUCAGCAGAGAGCCAUCGAGUACCUGAGGCUCAGCUGCAUCGCCAGCACUGACAUAUUGGCUACAGUCUUAGAAGAGAUGCCUCCGUUCCCAGAGAGAGAGUCGUCCAUCCUGGCCAAGCUGAAGAAGAAGAAGGGCCCAGGCAAAGUGCCCGACGUAGACGAUGCCCGGUGGAAUGUCAACGGCAGCACCGAGCACAGCGAGAACCCUGAAGUCACAAACAAGUCUUCUCCUUCACUGAUGUCAGACCUUCUUCCUACCAACAGACCCCGCCCUGCCUCCCAUAGUCCGACCAUGCUCUCUGCUGGGACCAUGGGUUCCAGCCACCCCUUCACAGACCUGCUGAAUCUAAACUCCAGCCCUUCAGCAGGAGCCAGUCUGCUGGUCGAUGUCUUGUCCGACAUGUCCAGCGCUGCACCCUCAGAUCUGUCUGAGGAAAACUUCUCCAGGUUUGUCUGUAAGAACAAUGGCGUUAUCUUUGAGAACCAGCUCUUGCAGAUCGGACUGAAGUCGGAGUACAGGCAGAACCUGGGUCGCAUUUAUGUGUUCUACGGCAACAAGACAUCUUCCCAGUUCCUCAGCUUCUCCUCAUCGGUCACCAGUAGCGACACGCUCAAGACUCAGCUGAAUGUCCACACCAAGCCAGUGGACCCCACAGUAGAAGGUGGGGCUCAGCUCCAGCAGAUCAUCAACAUUGAGUGCGUGUCGGACUUCUCAGAUGCACCGGUGCUCGACAUCCAGUUCAGAUACGGUGGAACUCUUCAGAACAUCGCAGUGAAACUCCCUGUGAUGCUCAACAAGUUCUUCCAGCCCACAGAGAUGGCAUCCCAAGACUUCUUCCAACGCUGGAAACAGCUUGGAGUUCCUCAGCAAGAGGUUCAAACUAUCUUCAAAGCCAAACACCCAAUGGACACGGAUGUAACCAAUGCUAAGGUAAAGAAAUGUCUUCUUUAAGGGAAGCUGCUCCGCUGCACAUGAACCAACUGUUUGCACGGAAAUGUAGGACACGGCGUGAUGUUUCACCGCUCAACAUUCACGUCGUAGAGGAACUGCAUGAGUGAUUUGAUGGUUUACAGGGUUUUAAUUUAUAGCAGCUUUUCUGAAAAAUAAUGCUUGUUUGUUCUUUUGGUAGUUUUGCACUGAACUACUGUAGUUUUAAACUCGGCAGGACGUUUAAGGGAACUCAGACGGCCGCAUGUAUCUAGUUAGUUCCAUUAAGAAAGAUAAUCUACCAGGAGACUCAUUCAAAGAAGAAUGCAGAUGGUAUUGUUGAGUUAACUAUCAGAUCAACAUGAACGCUUUGUAACCCUCCCUGUAAUAGUUGUUGUCAGCCAGGAUAUAGAAUCUGAUAAAACGAUCUAGAGUCGAGGUCGACUAACAGUCCGACUUCAGCCGCAGCCCUCUCAUUCAUUUGAAUGUAGCCAGUCCAUCUUGGUACCAGGUUGUCUCGCUAAAGAGUUGAGCUUAACUUUUGCUGCAACACGAUGCGACGCCAUCCGAGUAAGCCAAUGACCAAUCACAUGCAUGCAAGCACACACACAUACUUUGUAACGUGAACGCAGUAUUUCUUCUGCUUACCUCGCACCUUCAUCACAUUCAUCUGUUACUCGUGUACCUUUUGAACAUCACGCAGCCCCGGGUGCUGUUUUCAGAGUCUUGUUCUGGAGCUUUCUGCCACCGUAUGAGCCCACGGGGGUCACUCAGCUGACGUGCAACUCUUUAUUUUAGCACUGUACAUAUGUGUCAUUCAUGUUGGCUUAAAGGAUCAGUGUGUAGGAUUUAGUGACAGACUCCACUUGGA